AUGUCUUCUAGACGGGUGCCAAGAGGAGAGUAUAUUGAGACUGAUACAGGUAACAAAGUCGCCCGGAAGGCUACUCUUGUCGGCACCCAAAACAUCAUGCUUGGCGGCAAGACAGUCAUCCAGCCCGAAGCCAUGAUUCGCGGCGACUUGGUCCGAACGAUUCAAGCUCCUGCCCCGGCGAGCGGCGCACCCCCAAACAACACGGCCGUGUCGAUAGGACGAUACUGCUUCUUAAGUAAGGGAUGCUGUCUGCGCCCGCCUGGCCGCCCGUACAAGGGAGCCUUUACUUACAUGCCCCUCCGCAUGGGUGACCAUGUAUAUGUCGGCCCUGGUGCCGUCAUCCAGGCCGCAUCGAUCGGCAGCCAUGUGCACAUCGGUGCUAAGGUUGUUGUCGGCGAGUUUGCCAUCAUCAAGGACUAUGUCCGCGUUCUCGAUGGGGCCGUCAUCCCGCCUAACAUGGUGAUCCCGAGUUUCAGCAUUGUUGCUGGGCAGCCUGCCCGCGUCAUUGGCGAGGUUCCCGAGGGGAUGCUCGAGUCGUUUGAAUUGCGCGAUUUGUACAAAACUGUAGGGAAUAAUCCCCAGCCUCCGCCUGUCUGA